AUGGGGUUGGAUGAUUAUAGACCAAUUUGCUUGGUGGGUUGCUUAUACAAGGUGAUAGCUAAACUCCUGGCGAGUAGAAUUAAAAUUGUGCUAAAAUCGAUUAUCUCUCCUUGUCAAAAUGCCUUCGUUCCGGGUAGGCAAUUACUCGACGGUGUCGUGGUGGCAAAUGAGGUGGUAGAUUUUGCGAAGAAGGAGGGGCGUAAUUAUAUUCUUUUUAAGGUGGAUUUUGAGAAGGCUUACGAUAAAGUGGGGUGGAGUUUCUUAAGAUACAUGUUUAAGAGAAUGGGUUUUAGGGAAAAGUGGCAAAAGUGGAUGGAGCUUUUGGUUUUCUCGAGUAAUAUGUCGGUUCUUGUGAAUGGAAGUCCUACCAAGGAAUUCAAGGUUACAAAAGGUCUAAGACAAGGAGAUCCUCUUUCUCCCUUCUUAUUCGUCUUAGUGGUGGAAGGUUUAACGGGUCUUGUGAAAAAUUCCAUGCUUUUGUUGGAAGAUAGCAAUUUCUAUUUCUUGGGAAUUCCGGUCGGUUACAACCCACGGAAGGAAGCUUCUUGGAAUCCCCUUUUAAAAAAGAUGAGAAACCGCAUGGAAGGAUGGACAAAUCGGUUUUUGAAUUUGGGCGGCCGAAUUACCUUGCUUAAGUCCGUUCUUAGCUCUUUGUGCAUUUUUACUAUGUCAUUCUAUAAGAUGCCUAAAAAGGUGGUUAGAAAAUUCACUAGUAUUCAAAGUAGAUUUUUAUGGGGAGGGGUGGAAGAUAGAAGGUGGCGGAUUCUUCAAGAUCAAAAUUCCUUGUGGUGCAAAGUGUUAAAGUCGCGGUAUGGAGAUUUAUCUUCCAAAGCUCUCGGCAUGAAUAUUGAGGUAAAUGUUUCUAACUCUAGCUCCGUGUGGUGGAAAGAUAUCCUUAAGAUCCAUUCUUCUUCUUCUUCUUCUUCUUCUUCUUCUUUGUGUGAUCCUAUUGUUGAGUGCGGAAGAUUUAUUAUCCGCUAUGGUUUUAAUACCCCUUUUUGGCAUGCUACUUGGUUGGGAGAUAAACCUUUAUUAGAGGAGUUUUCGGAUUUAUUUAUUGUCUCCCGUUUAAAGUAUGUGUCGGUGACGGCAAUGGGGGGAUGGGUGGAAGAGUUGUGGAGGUGGGGAGACCUCGGUUUACCCGGUGAUGUAGUGGAAGACCCGGUUUUAUCCGUUCAAUUUUUGUCUUUGAAGGAGCGUUUGGAGGCUUUUAAAGGGUGGGAAAUAGGUAGAGAUACGGUGGUUUGGUCGGGGAAUUUGGAGAGGGAGUUCUCGGUUGCUUCUUGUUUUGAUUUGUACGAGAAGUCCAACACUCCUUAUGGCCCUCCUAUUAAUCAUAUGGAAGCUUUUGGUCUUUUGUGGAAGACGGAGGUUCCGUUCAAAAUAAAGGCUUUUGGUUGGAGACUUUUUCACAAUAGGCUUCAUUUGAAGGACCUUUUGGUGAUCCGAGGAAUGUCUUUUCCUUUGGAAGAUUUAAAGUGGCCAUUUUGUGGUCUUUAUGAGGAAUCAAGGGACCACUCCUUUUUUGGUUGUUUGGUGGUUGGAAAUAUUUGGAGAGAAAUAGCAUUUUGGGUGGGUAAAGGGGAUUUUUUUUAG